AUGGAGGUCAGAGCUUCAUUACAGAAGGUUACUGGGUCAUCGGAUUAUGUGGCUACACAGAACAGUGAAGAAUUUGUUUUGGUUCCUCAGCAUGCAGAUGAUACUUCUACAAAAGAUGAAGAAAAACCUGAACUGAAGAUAGUUUCUAAUGAUGAACAAUUGGAAAAAGCCAUGGAAGAGAUUUUGAGAGAUUCUGAGAAAGGGCAAGGCAGCCUUCUUGUGGAUCUUCAAAGUUCCAGUGAGAUUUCAGACCAUUCACUUGGAGGUGUUUCAGCCAGCCAAACAAAUAAGCCAUCUCUUCAGUUAAUUUUGGAUCCAUCAAAUACAGAAAUUUCUACUCCCAGGCCAUCUUCUCCAAGUGGAUUGCCAGAAGAAAAUAGUGUUUUAUUUAACAAACUGACCUACUUAGGAUGUAUGAAGGUUUCUUCCCCACGUAAUGAAGUGGAGGCUUUACGGGCAAUGGCAACUAUGAAAUCUUCGAGUCAGUACCCCUUUCCUGUUACUCUAUAUGUGCCAAAUGUUCCAGAAGGUUCUGUAAGAAUCAUAGAUCAGUCCAGCAAUAUGGAGAUAGCAUCUUUUCCAAUCUAUAAGGUGUUGUUCUGUGCACGUGGACAUGAUGGGACAACAGAGAGCAAUUGCUUUGCAUUUACAGAGAGUUCCCAUGGUUCAGAAGAAUUUCAGAUACACGUUUUCACCUGUGAAAUUAAAGAGGCAGUAAGCAGAAUUUUAUAUAGUUUCUGUACAGCAUUCAAACGUUCUUCUAGACAAGUUUCUGAUGUUAAAGACUCAGUUAUUCCUACCCCCGACAAUGAUGUGUUUACCUUCAGUGUCUCCUUGGAGGUAAAAGAAGAUGAUGGAAAAGGAAACUUUAGUCCUGUGCCUAAGGACAGAGAUAAAUUUUAUUUCAAAUUGAAGCAAGGAAUAGAGAAGAAGGUAGUGAUUACAGUGCAGCAACUUUCUAACAAAGAAUUGGCUAUUGAAAGAUGUUUUGGAAUGUUAUUAAGCCCAGGUCGAAACGUGAAGAACAGUGACAUGCAUUUACUGGAUAUGGAAUCCAUGGGGAAAAGCUAUGAUGGGAGGGCUUAUGUUAUCACUGGCAUAUGGAACCCUAAUGCACCCAUAUUUCUGGCACUUAAUGAAGAAACCCCAAAAGAUAAACGAGUGCACAUGACGGUGGCAGUGGAUCUGGUGGUCACGGAGGUGGUGGAGCCUGUCCGCUUUCUCCUGGAGACAGUAGUGCGCGUAUACCCUGCAAACGAGCGGUUCUGGUAUUUCAGCAGAAAGACUUUCACGGAGACUUUCUUCAUGAGGUUGAAACAGACUGAGGGAAAAGAUCACACCAGUGCUGGAGAUGCAAUAUAUGAGGUGGUGAGUCUACAGAGAGAGUCUGAGAAGGAGGAACCUGUCACUCCUAUUAGUGGAGGGGGCCCAAUGUCACCCCAGGAGGAUGAAGCAGAAGAGGAGAGUGAUAAUGAACUCUCAAGUGGAACAGGUGAUGUAUCUAAGGAUUGUCCUGAGAAGAUCCUGUAUUCCUGGGGAGAAUUGCUAGGAAGAUGGCACAAUAACCUUAGUGCACGACCGAAAGGACUGUACCCGCUGGUGAAGAGUGGCGUCCCUGAAGCUCUGAGGGCAGAGGUAUGGCAGUUGUUAGCAGGCUGCCAUGACAACCAGGCAAUGCUGGAUAUAUACCGAAUUCUCAUCACAAAGGACUCUGCCCAGGAGAGUGUUAUCACUCGAGACAUUCAUCGGACAUUCCCUGCACAUGAUUACUUUAAGGACACAGGAGGAGAUGGCCAGGAAUCGCUCUACAAGAUCUGCAAGGCCUAUUCUGUCUACGACGAAGACAUUGGGUACUGCCAAGGACAGUCUUUUCUUGCUGCUGUAUUGCUUCUGCAUAUGCCAGAAGAACAAGCAUUCUGUGUUUUGGUGAAAAUCAUGUAUGACUAUGGUUUACGAGAUCUCUACAAAAACAAUUUUGAAGAUCUUCAUUGCAAAUUUUAUCAGUUGGAGAGACUAUUGCAGGAGCAGCUACCGGACCUGCACAGCCAUUUUUGUGACCUGAACCUGGAGGCCCAUAUGUAUGCUUCCCAGUGGUUUCUCACUCUUUUCACCGCCAAGUUCCCACUCUGCAUGGUCUUCCACAUCAUUGACUUACUGCUCUGUGAGCGUUUGAAUAUAAUCUUUCAUGUAGCCUUGGCUCUUCUAAAGACCUCAAAGGAAGAUCUUCUGCAGGCUGAUUUUGAAGGGGCUUUAAAGUUCUUCAGAGUUCAGCUUCCAAAGAGAUACAGGGCAGAGGAAAAUGCAAGAAGAUUGAUGGAGCAGGCUUGUAAUAUUAAGGUAUCGACCAAGAAGCUGAAGAAAUAUGAGAAGGAAUAUCAGACAAUGCGUGAGAGUCAGCUGCAGCAGGAGGACCCCAUGGACAGAUACAAGAGGGAGAACCGGAGAUUACAGGAGGCCAGCAUGAGGCUGGAACAAGAGAAUGAUGACCUCGCCCAUGAACUUGUAACCAGCAAGAUUGCUCUGCGGAAUGACUUGGAUCAGGCGGAAGACAAGGCAGACGUGUUGAAUAAGGAGCUCCUGUUGACCAAGCAGAGGCUGGUGGAGACCGAGGAAGAGAAGAGGAAGCAGGAGGAAGAGACGGCUCAGCUAAAAGAAGUCUUCAGGAAACAACUAGAGAAGGCAGAAUAUGAAAUAAAGAAGACUACGGCUAUCAUUGCCGAGUACAAACAGAUCUGUUCCCAGUUGAGCACCAGACUGGAGAAACAGCAAGCAGCCAGCAAGGAGGAGCUGGAGGUGGUAAAGGGUAAAAUGAUGGCCUGUAAGCACUGCAGUGACAUUUUCAGCAAGGAGGGCGCUCUGAAGCCAGCAGCCAUAAGCAGAGAGGACCAGGGGAUUGAAUCAGAUGAUGAGAAGGACUCACUUAAGAAGCAACUGAGGGAGAUGGAGCUGGAAUUGGCACAAACCAAACUGCAGCUGGUGGAGGCCAAGUGUAAAAUCCAGGAACUUGAACAUCAGAGAGGGGCCCUCAUGAAUGAAAUCCAAGCUGCGAAAAACUCUUGGUUUAGCAAAACCCUGAACUCUAUCAAAACGGCCACGGGCACCCAGCCGCUGCCGCCGCCACAGAGCACCCAGCCGCCCAAAGAGAGCACAUAG